AUGAAGUACACAUCAGCGGUAGUGUUGUGUCUGUGUUUGGUUUGUUUGUCUCCCGUGUUGUGCAAGCGGUCUGACUCGGGGUCGAAGCCGUUGUGGGCGCAGAAAGAUGUGAGGGAUUACUCGGAUGCAGACAUUCAGCGCCUUUACGAUCAGUGGGAAGAAGACGAGGAGCCGCUCGACAACGACGAACUGCCCGAACAUCUCAAGACCAGUCCUCCCAUCGACUUGUCUUCGGCCGAUCUCUCCAAUCCUGAAAGCCUUCUCAAAGUGUCCAAAAAGGGAAAGACUUUAAUGAGUUUCGUAACCGUCAGCGGAGGUCCCACUCGGGAAGAAACGGAACGCGUGACCGCUUUAUGGCAAUCAAGUCUUCAGAAUAACCACAUUAUUGCCGAGCGAUUCAUAGUUAGUGACAACAGAGCUAUCUUUAUGUUCAAAGACGGCGCUCAGGCCUGGGAUGCGAAGGACUUCUUCGUGGAGCAGCAGUUGUGCGAAGAAGUGAUGAUUGAAAACAAACCAUAUUAUGGGAAGUUUAGCAAACACUCGAAGCAAGAGUUGUGA